AUGGUGAGUGUUGGUCUUUUGUGGCUAUCUUGUCACCCUAAAAAGUCGAGAAAUAUGGCUUGGAGCAACUUAUGUCGAAGGACUAUUGGUUUGCCACUUUUCCCACUUAUAUAUAAUUUUUCUCCAGUUUCACAUUUUCAUUUCUGCUCUCGAUUGCUUUGUGAAAUGAUCGCUGAAGAGGAAAAAAUUCAAGAAGUAAAAGGAUUCGCUUUCAAUCACGUAGAAAAGAAGAAAGGAUUAUUUAAACCGAAUCAUACUAUCGAAGAACAGAUUAAUUAUAUGCAAAGCAAAGUUUACGAAGAUGCAUACAAAGGCCUUCCAGUAUACAUGUGGUAUCGACGUAAUGUUAAAGGACAACUGGUUCUUCAACCUCCACCGCGAAUUAUUUGUUUGGAUAAGGAAGGCAAAUUUAGAACAAACAAUCCAUGUCCGAUCUGCAGAGAUGAAUAUUUAUUCUUUGAUUUUCGAAAUCCAGCACUAAUAGAAAUGUUUCUGUAUCAGGGAACAGAAACUCCAUUACCACUUUUAAAAACAGGAUUAUGCAGGGAACAGUACAUGUUGUUGCAAGUGGAGUUGUUGAAAGCUAAAGAGCAUGGUGUUGAAUUUUUUUUUUGUACGAUAAAGUUUUGUGUACCUUUCCGCAAUUACGAUUAUUGUGCAUGGUAUCCGUGGUGGACAAAAGAAGAGCAUAAAGACGUUAGUCGAGGAAAUCUUGAAGGUCAAGGUGUUUAUGAUAUCUAUCCUGACCCUUUAAUUGAAUUCCCUGCUCAUAAACGUGAAUAUAAUACUAAUUGGGAUAAAUGGUGGCUAAGAUAUGACAAAUUCGUCCAAAAAGGCAAAUGA